CCUUACCUUGUCCUCCUGCCUCCUGAAGACAAGAUCCCCGACCUUGACAAACUGCCCUUUGAGCAACCACCCACACCUCCGCCUACUACACCCGCUUGUACCCUGAUGGGACAUUGCAUCACCCUUGCCGCCAACCCCCCCUACUUCAAUGGCAACAAAUCCAAAUAUAUGGGCUCUGUGGACUUGUGCACCACCUACAUUGGUGCCUAUCAGUCGGAAUUCUCGCAGGAUAAGACAAAAAUCCUCUUCAUCCUUUCCUACCUCCGCAACAAGGCUGGCACAAGCUGCGCUGCCUCAAGAUGGGUGAUGAACUGGAAACAGCGCAACUUCAAAGGCCCUAAGGGGAUAAAGGCUGGGGUCACCUCGAUGACCUUCAUGGAGGAGCUUCAGAGAGCCUUUGGGGAUACCACGCAGAACAAGUUGCUGCUGCUCAACUUGUGGCUCUGCACCAGAGCAAACAAUCCUUCCAGCAAAAUUGCCAGUCGCCUCUACAACACCGGCAUUCCUCUGCCCAAAGCAUAUGGAGCCUUCAAGGACUGGUGUAUCAACAUCGAGCCAAACGCUCUGCGCGACCAGCUGUGCAAAGUGUCGUAUGGGCACUCUACGCCAUGA